AUGGAGCACAGUGCGUACGAGGUGAUAGAUGAGCCAGUGUACCUGAAUGUGUACGAGGAUGAUGACUUCGAGGAUCGGGCCGCUAUGAGUUUGUUAAAGACCAUCAAGCAAGUGAUAUGUGUGUCUGAAACGGACACAUUAUGGACAGGGAAGUAUGCCAUCAUUGGAUUGUCAGGUGGUGUUACUCAGGAAAAGGUGUAUGAUCGAUGUUACGACAUGAUGAUCCGGGAUGCGACUGUAGACUGGACACGGCUAGUUUUGUUUCUUGUCGACGAAAAGUACCCGUCGACGGAUUCUUUGUGUAUGGAUCCGGUCGCGACACCACAGCCUACAUCGGCCCCAUUAAGGGUGGAACCGAAAGAGUUUGACCUGCCGAAGCAACCAGAAAAACGCCAGACACAGGGCAAAGAGUCUAACGUUCGUCUCAUUCUGAGAACUCUGCUGAAACCGGGUAGUCCUAUUCCUUUGGCAAAUUUCAUACACCCUGAUACGUCCCUUACUCUUGCGGAUUGUAUUGAGGCGUAUGACAGACGUCUGCAUGGCAUAUUUCAAUUUUCAAGGCCUACUGCCGUGGUUCUAGAAUUAGGAAUGGAUGGCAAUGUAGGUGCUUGGUUCCCUCCGUUAACCACCGAGAUGAGACAGAAGGCAUACGACCCAAGCUUAUACGCUACAUCUACCCGAACAUCAUCUUCUAAUUCACGCAUCACAAUACCUUUGCAUUUGAUCGUAAGCGCUAGAACAAAGUUAUUUUUCUUACAUGGUACUCCAGAAGUAAAUGCCUACAAACGGGUUGUGAUGCAAAAGACCUGUAAGGAAGUUGCGCCAGCUAGCCCCACUGGCGCGAUUGUGGAUGCUAAUACACUUGAAGAAGGAGUUAAAGAACAACCGUUAGUUCAGAUGGUUCGAUCAGGUAGUUGUGUUUGCAUAUGCUAUCCUCCGAUAGAUAGAGACCAGGUCGUUUGCUUAAGGGAGGAGUGGGCUGGAGUUGACGGUGUGCUGAAUAUUGUAAUCCUUGGAGCUUCAGGUGACCUUGCUCAGAAAAAGACAUUCCCUGCUCUAUAUAGUUUGCACUUGAGUGGUCACCUACCACCGAACACCAGGAUCCAUGCGUAUGCGAGAUCUCGGAUGGACGAAGGCAAGUUAUGGAGCAAAAUUGGGCAAAAAAUUUUGUUGCUGAAUAAGGACAUAUUGGGCAAUGAGGCAGAAGAUCGUCAUGUCAAAGAAUUCAUGGAGAGGAUAGAGUACCAUCAAUGUCAAAGUUAUGAUGACCCGGAGUCUGCAGCCAAGCUAAAUUUAAGACUUAAGGAAAUCGAGAGUCCUUUUACAACCAAAAGAUUAAUUUUGUAUUUGGCAUUACCCCCUAAUCAAUUCAUACCAGCAGUAGAAGCCUUCCGGGAGAACUGUUGGAGAAGCGAAUUAUGUAUGAGUCGUGAUACCACCCUUGAUUCGGAACUUACUGCGGAAGGCCUCGGUGCGGAAGACCGUGGUGCGGAAGACCGUGGUGCGGAAGACCGUGGUGCGGAAGACCGUGGUGCGGAAGACCGUGGUGCGGAAGACCGUGGUGCGGAAGGCCGUGGUGCGGAAGGCCGUGGUGCGGAAGGCCGUGGUGAUAGUCCGAUCUCGGCUAAUUCUCAACCUCGGUCGAGUGGGCAUGGGGGUAGUCCGGCACCGGCAAAGAGUCCGACAGUCACGCGGCCGAGUGCUCGGGCUGACUGGACGCGUGUGGUGGUAGAGAAGCCGUUCGGUCAUGAUUACGAUAGUGCUUUGGAAAUGUCGUCGAAUUUGCAAAAGUAUACGAGAGAGGAGGAAGUCUACCGGAUUGACCAUUAUCUAGGUAAGGAAAUGGUUCUGAAUCUUUUCGUUCUGAGGUUUGCCAAUAGUUUUAUAGCCCCAUUGUGGAAUCGGCAUCAUAUUAAUUGCGUUCGCAUUACCUUCAAGGAGAAGAUUGGUACCAUGGGUCGUGGUGGAUAUUUUGAUAGUUUUGGUGUCAUUCGAGAUGUUGUACAGAAUCAUCUGAUCCAGAUUCUGUCUUUGGUAGCAAUGGAAACACCAGUAACAUUACGCGACGAACACGUGCGCGAUGAGAAAGUAAAACUUUUGCGAGCUGUUCCACCUACGAAGCUGGAAGAUACAGUCCUUGGUCAGUACACAGCGGGCGACGACAUGCCAGGUUAUCUCGAUGAUCCAACGGUCCCUCCCGAUAGCUUAUGUCCUACUUUUGUAACUACAGUUCUUUGGGUGAAUAAUGAACGGUGGUCUGGAGUGCCUUUUAUUUUGAAGGCAGGCAAAGCUCUGGAAAAGCAGACUGCAGAAAUCAGAGUACAAUUCCAUCCCCCUCGAAACCACCUCUUCGAAAAUACUCCCUGCAAUGAACUCGUCCUUCGCAUCCAACCUGAUGAUGCCAUCUACAUGAAGUGCUUAAGCAAACGACCUGGCCUGGGCACUCAAGAUGACUUGGUCGAAACUGAGCUCGACCUCAGCAUUCUCGAUAGACUUCAUGUGAAUAGAAUCAAUGACGCCUACGAACGACUCCUCCUUGAUGUAAUCAACGGAGAUAAGAAAAAUUUUGUGCGUACCGAUGAGUUAUUGGAAGCGUGGCGGAUAUUUGACCCGCUCCUGAACAAAAUUCAAACGGAGAAGAUAAAACCAGAAUAUUACAAGGCAGGGUCGCAAGGGCCAAUGAGUCACUACGAACUCAUCAAACGUUUAGGCUACCAGCGUUAUGAGGGUUAUGUGUGGCAUAAGAGCUAG